AUGGUUCGGUUUAAAAAUAGAUAUAUCACUGUUGAGAUAGUAGCUCCUUUAAUACCAGACGACAAACCACUUGAGUUAAAACCAAAGAUAUUCCACAACACUGUUCUAAGUAAAAUUCAACAGAUGUAUGGUGAUUUUGGUGUUGCUGCUGUCACAAAUGGAUUUCUAACAAAAUAUUGCAAUGAACAUACAAGAAUAGCUAUAAUAAGAUCAAGACAUGGACCACACAGAUUUGUCACUAGUAGUCUUCCAUUUAUUACUAAAAUAGGUAAUCUUGAUGUUAGACUGAAUACAUUGCAUGUCGGUGCCACACUAAAACAUUGUUUCAAGUUCAUACAAAAGCAUCAGAGAGCUUAUUUAGAUACAAUGUGGUGUAAAUUAAAAACUGAUGAAGAAAGGCGAAAGUUAGAAGCUGCUGUCCUAGACUAUACAAAAACAGAUGUUGCUAUAAAUAUAGAAAAUAUUACAUGA